AUGCCUCCCAAAGCUGCUGAGAAGAAGCCCACCACCGGCGGCAAGGCCCCGGCUGGAAAGGCCCCCGCUGCCGAGAAGAAGGAAGCUGGCAAGAAGACCGCGGCUGCUCCUUCCGGUGACAAGAAGAAGCGAGGAAAGACGCGAAAGGAGACCUACUCUUCAUACAUCUACAAGGUUCUCAAGCAAGUCCACCCCGACACCGGUAUUUCCAACCGCGCCAUGUCCAUCUUGAACUCUUUCGUCAACGAUAUCUUCGAGCGUGUCGCCACCGAGGCCUCCAAGCUUGCUGCCUACAACAAGAAGUCCACCAUCUCUUCCCGAGAGAUCCAGACCUCCGUCAGACUCAUCCUGCCUGGUGAACUUGCCAAGCACGCCGUGUCAGAAGGCACCAAGGCCGUCACCAAGUACUCUUCCCAGAGCAAGUAA